ACUAUCUACAAGCAAUUGGAUUAUUACAUGAUGAAGUAUCAGAAAUUCUAUUGUGUGCUGCUGUUGGUUUCCUUAUCUGCGCUCGCUGCUGCCCAGUACUAUACGCCAUAUAAUCCUUACAACACGCCCAGUCCUACGUUUUCCAGCUUGAACAAUAAUUACUACUAUACCACGCCAUAUCCCUACAUUGGUAUACCUACGGCUACUCCUUAUUACUACAACGAUCCUAAGAUACGCAUUUGGCCCUAUGUCAUCGGACAGUAUCUGUAUCCUUCCUAUUACAAUAACAAUAGCAAUAAUCCUUAUGCUUCCUUGAGCACACCCAAUUGGCAGAGUUAUUAUACGAAUGCCUAUCAAAAUAAUUGGGGUAAAAAAUAGUUGAUAAAGCUGACUACGUAUUUUAUAUCUUUGUUCGUUUCAAUGUUGUUUCAAUAAAACGUUAUAAGUAUUGCUAAGAAA